GCUGGAACUCCAUUCGAUAAGGCGCAUUUCUGCAGCCUGUUUGCGGAGUUUUACUGACAGUCUAAAGGUUUUGCUUCAGACAUGACAGUUUUCAACAGUGCGCUGAGAUGGUACCUCCCGCUCUGCGUACUAUAUCUGACUGCUUCAGCAGAAUUUGACGGCCCUGUGGUGCAGACCAAUCUGGGGGGUCUGAGGGGGCAGUAUGUGGAGGUUAAGGGGAAGGAGACGCUGGUGCAUGCCUACCUGGGGGUGCCGUUUGCCAAGCCACCUGUGGGCCCCCUGAGACUGGCCCCGCCCCAGCCCACAGAUGGGUGGGAGGGGCUGAGGGACGCCACCAAGCAGCCAUUCAUGUGUAUUCAGAACAGACAGUUAUCCAUUGAUCUUGCUGCCGCUUUGUCCUUAAAAGUGGAAAUCCCUGAUGUGUCUGAAGAUUGCCUGUACCUCAACAUUUAUGUGCCAGCCAAAGCCUCAGAGAAAGCCAAGCUACCGGUCAUGUUCUGGAUCCAUGGAGGGGGAUUUUCAAUGGGUGCUGCAUCAAUGUACGACGGUUCGGUUCUGGCAGCCUACCAGGAUGUAGUGGUGGUGAUGGUACAGUACCGACUGGGACUCCUGGGUUUCCUGAGCACCGGGGACCAUCACAUCCCAGGAAACAUGGGUCUCAUGGACCAGGUGGAGGGCCUGCGUUGGGUCCAAGAACACAUCCACAACUUUGGAGGCGACCCUGGUGCUGUUACCAUAUUUGGCGAGUCCGCUGGUGGAAUGAGUGUAUCACUACUGCUCCUGUCCCCAAUGUCCACUGGUCUGUUUCACCGUGCCAUAGCUCAGAGUGGUACUGCUGUCAUGGAUGGCCUCCACUCCAGCAACCCUCUACCCAUGGCCAAGAUGGCAGCCAACUCAUCUGGCUGUGACAUCACCAGUACUGAGAAGAUUGCAGAAUGCAUGAAAGUCAUAGGAAAGGAGGCUUUAUUGACCAUUGCUGAGGACCCAAUGAUGAGAUUUGCCGUCACUGUGGAUGGGCACUUCCUCCCCAAGCCAGCGGAGGAGCUGUUCCAAAACCAGCAGCUUCACAAGGUUCCCUUCAUGACAGGCAUUAACACUGAUGAGGGUGGCUGGUUACUACCAGGGUUCUUUGCUCCUCCAAACUGGAUAGAAGGAAUGGACCGGGAGGAAGUCCUAGCUUUUCUAUCUUUGAUCUUCCCUGAUCCUAAAGAUCACUGGAAAGCUGAGUUAGUGACAGAUGAGUACCUGGGAACCUCUGGAGAUCGGGUGAAAAUCAGAAAUGGCUUCACUCAACUCAUUGGAGACUUUCUGUUUAAUAUUCCUGCUAUUAAGACAGCAAAUUCACAUAGAGAUGCAGGUGUCCCUAUGUACGUGUAUGAGCUCCAGGAACCUCCCACCAUCCUGACGAAGUUGAGGCCCAGCUUUGUGGGAGUGGAUCAUGCGGAUGACCUCAUAUAUGUCUUUGGAUUCUGCUUUGUGAAAGCCUUGGAAGGACGAUGCAUAGAGGAAGAUGAACGGCUAAGCUUGACUAUCAUGAAGUACUGGGGCAACUUUGCUCACACAGGGGAUCCUAAUGGAGCAGGUCUGUCUCAGUGGCCACAGUACGGGGCAGAGGGGGAUUACCUGGGGAUAGGGUUGGAGCAGGUGGCUGGUCAGCACCUGAGGAGGGAACGCUUUAUCUUCCACACCCAGACCCUCCCAGAGAAGAUCCGGCAGGUCAAAGAGAAGAUGUCAAAAGACAGUCCUGUGGUGCAGACCAAGCUGGGCGGUCUGAGGGGGCAGUAUGUGGAGGUUAAGGGGAAGGAGACGCUGGUGCAUGCCUACCUGGGGGUGCCGUUUGCCAAGCCACCUGUGGGCCCCCUGAGACUGGCCCCGCCCCAGCCCACAGAUGGGUGGGAGGGGCUGAGGGACGCCACCAAGCAGCCAUUCAUGUGUCUUCAGGACAAGGAUGUAAUGGUCAACUUGAUUUCUAAGAUGUCUUCUAUGACCAUGGAGUUCCCAGAGAUAUCAGAGGACUGCCUCUACCUCAACAUUUAUACUCCUGCGAAACCAGCACAAGAUGCCAAGCUACCGGUGAUGGUUUGGAUCCAUGGCGGCGGUUUCACCAUGGGCUCUGCCUCCAUGUUUGAUGGUUCUGCUUUGGCAGCCUACCAGGAUGUAGUGGUGGUGAUGGUACAGUACCGACUGGGACUCCUGGGUUUCCUGAGCACCGGGGACCAUCACAUCCCAGGAAACAUGGGUCUCAUGGACCAGGUGGAGGGCCUGCGUUGGGUCCAAGAACACAUCCACAACUUUGGAGGCGACCCUGGUGCUGUUACCAUAUUUGGCGAGUCCGCUGGUGGAAUGAGUGUAUCACUACUGCUUCUGUCCCCAAUGUCCACUGGCCUGUUCCAUGGUGCCAUAGCUGAGAGUGGUACUGCUGCCAUGGAUGCCCUCCUCACCCUUGACCCUCUGCUUAUAGCCAAGAUGGCAGCUAAUUCAUCUGGGUGUGACAUCACCAGCACUAAAAAGAUUGCAGAAUGCAUGAGAGCUGUUGGAGAAGAAGACAUAUUGACCCUUGCUAAGGACCAAACGAUGCGAUUUCUUGUCACCGUGGAUGGGCACUUCCUCAUCAAACCAGUGGAGGAGCUGUUCCAAAACCAGCAGCUUCACAAGGUUCCCUUCAUGACAGGCAUUACCAGUGAUGAGGGUGGCUGGUUACUACCCGGGUUCCUUGCUCCUCCAAACUGGACAGAAGGAAUGGACCGGGGAGAAGUUCUACCUUUUCUGUCUGUGAUCUUCCCUGAUCCUAAAGAUCACUGGAUAGCUGAGUUGGUGGCAGAUGAGUAUCUGGGAACCUCUGGAGAUCGGGUGAAAAUUCGAAAUGGCUUCACUCAGCUGAUUGGAGACUUUCUGUUUAAUAUUCCUGCCAUUAAGACAGCAAAUGCACACACAGAUGCAGGUGCUGCUGUCUACCUAUAUGAGUACCGGUACAUUCCUACAUUCAUCGCGGACACAAGGCCUAGCUUCGUUGGAAGUGACCACGGAGAGGAAAUAUUCACUGUGUUUGGAUUGUGCUUCACCACGACUCAUGUGAAACUAUCCAGCCCCUGCACAAAGGAAGAUGAACACCUAUGUAAAACUAUGAUGGGCUACUGGGGAAACUUUGCUCGCACAGGGGAUCCUAAUGGAGCAGGUCUGUCUCAGUGGCCACAGUACGGGGCAGAGGGGGAUUACCUGGGGAUAGGGUUGGAGCAGGUGGCUGGUCAGCACCUGAGGAGGGAACGCCUCAUCUUCCUCACCCAGACCCUCCCAGAGAAGAUCCGGCAGAGCAAAGAGGAGAAGGAACAUAGAGAGCUGUGAGCUCAACCUUACUUGUUUUUGUUCUACCAGACGCUUGUUAAUGGAAAAGUUUUUUUUGAAUUUCAAAGUGAGGGGACUGUAGUGUCCUCCAUUGACGGUUUGAGCUAGUUCUUUAUGAACAGAAUCACCUGAACCCAUCAUUCCCACAGCAUGUGGUACUGCUCCUUGUGGAGUCAAAACCUUGUGGUUUAACUUCUCUCCUGUCUAAAUCAUUUCUUUAACCCUCGUGCUGCCUUCGGGUCACAUGACCCAAAGGUUCAUAACGAACCAUCGUUGUGUUUACCCAAUUUUACCCAAUACAAAAACAAAUUAAAAUUAUUUUCUUUUAACCUUUGCAAUGUGGGGGGUCUGAGACAGCCCAACGGUUAAAAGAAAAUGCUUCACUUUGUCUUUGUAUGCGGUAAAUCUGUCGCAAUACGACGGUGGGUCACAAUGACUGAUGGGUCAGAAUGACCCGAAGAUAACACAAGGGUUAAUGCACUGCUCUGUAUUUCAAGGUUAGCAAUGAGGGAGCAAGGCUAGUCUUCAUUUCACUUUCCUAACCACAAGCCACCAGCUACUUGUUUUAACCACAAAUUGGAUUGCACCAAGCUCCACCCUCCCUGUAACAUGUUUUAGCAUAUUACAGAACUCUGGGAUUACAUUGUUGGUUACAUGUAUUUGGAUUGUAUGCUCCUUAAUUCUGGAAUGUCUAAUUAUGCAGGCGUACUGCACUGCUAAUGGUAUUAAACAAAUCAU